AUGAGGAGUAACCCACUCGGCAGCAGGGCAGGACAGCACCGAGCUGCCUGGAGGGCGGUGUAUCGGCCACGGCGGGCCUGCUCCAGGCCCGGACAGCCCCACCACGGAGCGUCGGCAACCACCAAACAAACGAGGGACAGCGAUACAGCUCCUGUGCCCUGCGGUCCCCGCUCCGCCGCUGGGAGAGGGAGUUGGUGCUGUCGCGGCGGGAGGCGGGGCCCCCAGGCCGGAACGGCGGGGGGAGCCGGGAGGGGGCGGCACCGCUCCAAGAUGGCGGAGUACGUGCAGCUGCUGAAGAGGGCGAUGAAGCACCUCGGCGGCCACGGCGGCGUCCGCGGUGCCAUGUGGCAGCUGCUGAGGGUCAAUGAUUUGAAGACUGGUACACUGGUAGGAACUGACAAAUACGGAAACAAAUACUAUGAAGACAGAAGAAACUUCUUUGGUCGCCACAGAUGGGUCAUCUAUACUGAUGAAAUGAAUGGCAAAAAUACAUUUUGGGAAGUUGAUGGAAGCAUGGUGCCACCCGAAUGGCAUCGCUGGCUUCACUCAAUGACGGAUGACCCUCCAACUACUCAUCCACCAGUUGCUCGGAAAUUUAUCUGGGAGAACCAUAAAUUCAAUCUGAGUGGCACUUCCGGACAGUAUGUACCUUACUCCACUACUCGCAAGAAGAUACAAGAGUGGGUCCCACCUACAAUGGCUAGCAAAUAACAGCAAAAAAACGUGACUUGCCUCAGCUUUGGCUUUCAGCAUAAAUUGUAUUUUCACUGGUUUUAUUCAGAAUAAAAACCUUCUACAACA